AUGUCAGCCUUGAAAUUGGCAGGUACGACGCUGCGUGAGCUGCGGAUCCACCUUUGCCAAAGGUCGCCUGCCUCAAAGGGUGUUCGCGCGUUCAUCGAGAGCGAUUAUGUGCCGUUGAAACAGGCGAAUCCAGAUUUUCCGGUGCUUAUCCGUGAAGCUGCCGGUAUCGUGCCACGCGUAUUCGCUAGAUACGAACAUGGUGUUGAGAGGGUAGUCUCCCUGGAGGAUGCUUCAAAAGAACAAGUCGCCGCCACUUUGCGCGAGCUUGCCGCCAAGACGAAU